AUGGGCUUCUCCACCUUGCUCGCCAGCACCCUGUGCACCGUCCUGCUGCCUCUGCUGCUCUUCCUGGCCGCGGUGAAGCUGUGGCAUCUGUACUGUGUGAGCGGCCGGGAGCCCGGCUGCAGCCUCCCGCUGCCCCCAGGAACCAUGGGGCUCCCUUUCUUCGGGGAGACGCUGCAACUGGUGCUGCAGCGGCGGAAGUUUCUCCAGAUGAAGCGUCGGAAAUAUGGGUUUAUCUACAAGACCCACCUCUUCGGGCGCCCCACCGUGCGGGUGAUGGGGGCCGAGAACGUGCGGCACAUUCUGCUCGGGGAGCAUCGCCUGGUGUCUGUGCAGUGGCCGGCGUCCGUGCGCACUAUCCUGGGAUCCGGCUGCCUCUCCAACCUGCACGACGGGCAGCACAAGGACCGCAAAAAGGUGAUCAUGAAGGCUUUCUCCCGGGAGGCCCUGCAGCACUACGUCCCCGGCAUCCAGGAGGAGGUGAACGCCUGCCUGGCUCGCUGGCUGCGCAGCGGCGGCUCCUGCCUGCUAGUUUACCCCGAAGUGAAGCGCCUCAUGUUCCGCAUCGCCAUGAGGAUCCUGCUGGGCUUCGAGUCGCGUCACACGGACCAGAACAGCGAGCAGCAGCUGGUGGAGGCCUUCGAGGAGAUGAUCCGCAACCUCUUCUCCCUGCCCAUCGAUGUGCCCUUCAGCGGGCUCUACCGGGGCCUGCGGGCGCGGAACUUCAUCCACGCCAAGAUCGAGGAGAACAUCCGGGCGAAGAUGGCCUGUAAGCAGCCGGCGGGCUGCUGUACGGAUGCGCUGCAGCUGCUGAUGGAGCACACGCAGGACAACGGGGAGCCGCUGAACAUGCAGGAGCUAAAAGAAUCGGCAACAGAACUUCUUUUUGGAGGGCAUGAAACCACAGCCAGUGCUGCCACAUCUCUAAUCACUUUCUUAGGACUUCACCGGGCUGUUCUGCAAAAAGUGAGAAAGGAGCUACAAAUGACGGGUUUGUUGUGCAGCAUGAACCAAGAUGACAAACAACUGGAUAUAGAAGUCUUGGAACAGCUGAAGUACACAGGCUGUGUCAUCAAAGAGACCCUCAGGCUGAGUCCACCAGUUCCUGGAGGAUUUCGAGUUGCACUCAAGACUUUUGAGUUAAAUGGUUACCAGAUUCCUAAAGGUUGGAAUGUUAUCUACAGUAUCUGUGAUACACACGAUGUUGCAGACCUCUUUACCAACAAGGAUGAAUUUGACCCUGACCGCUUCAUGUCUCCCUCUCCGGAAGAUUCCUCCAGGUUCAGUUUCAUCCCUUUUGGAGGAGGCUUGAGAAGCUGUGUGGGAAAAGAGUUUGCAAAAAUCCUUCUCAAAAUAUUUACCGUGGAGUUGGCUCGGAAUUGUGACUGGCAGCUGUUAAAUGGACCUCCUACAAUGAAAACUGGCCCCACAGUGUAUCCAGUGGACAACCUGCCUACCAAAUUCAUAGGUUUCAAUGGCCAUAUCUGAGGUCACAGGUUACUUCUGGAUGAAAUUUCUAUAGCA